AUGUAUUUGUCUAAAAAGAAGAAAGUAUUUAUUGGCUUGCUACUAUGGAGGUUAAUUUCCGUAUUCGUAGUACAAACUACUCAUGUACCAGAUGAAUACUGGCAAUCAUUGGAAGUUGCACAUCGUUUAGCAUUUGGAUAUGGAUAUCUUACAUGGGAGUGGAUAGAGAAAAUUCGCAAUUAUAUGUAUCCAUUUUUGAUAUCUGUUAUCUAUCAACUAUUGGCAUUUGUAACAUUAGAUCAUGUAAUAAUCUUAACAACAUUACCUCGAAUUCUUCAAGCAAUUAUCAGUGCUUAUGGAGAAUACAAAUUUUAUGAGUGGACUAAAAACAAGUGGACAUUGUAUAGUUUAUGCAUAAAUUGGUAUUGGUAUUAUUGUGCUACACGUACAUUAAUUAAUACUGUAGAAACAACAUGUACUAUGACAGCUUUGUCAAUAUUUCCAUGGCAUGAUAGCAAUGUUGCAAGUACAAAGUAUCUAUGGAUUAUUGGGUUUCUAUGUAUGAUAAGACCUACUGCUACUAUUGUAUGGUUACCUUUAUGUCUUUAUCACUUAUGUACAAGUUCACAAAAUAAGCUGACAUUAAUAUGUCAGUACAGUAUCAUAUGUAUUAUUUGUUGCUUAAGCUCAAUAUUACUAGACAGUUAUUGCUAUGGUAUGUUAGUUAUUUCCCCUUGGGAGUUUUUUCGUGUAAAUGUACUUUACAAAAUUGGAGAUUUGUAUGGAACACAACAUUUAUUAUGGUAUAUUUUCUGUGGAUUACCAGUGCUUCUAGGAUGUUAUUAUAUUGUGUUUGUAUUAUGUAUUUGGCAAAUAAUGAAACAUCCAAGUCGUUUAUACCAUCAGGCAAUUCUGUUAAUUGUCAUAGUUUGGACAGUUUGUGUUUAUUCCUUGUUAUCUCAUAAGGAAUUUCGAUUUUUAUUACCUCUUUUACCAAUGUGUAUAUACAUAUGUACCUCUUGUACAUUUCCCUUAAAUGUUAAGUUUACAAAAAGGGCAAGGAAAAUUUUUAUAGGAUUGUUAAUGAUAACUAAUGUGUUACCUGGCCUUUAUUUUAGCGUAAUACAUCAACGCGGAUCGCUAGACGUAAUGAAUAUUCUACAUAACGAAAUUGUUAAUGCUGAUAAUACAACUAACAUAUUAUUUUUGACUCCUUGUCAUGCAACUCCUCUGUACAGUCAUUUACAUGUAAACGUACCUAUCAAAAUACUAACUUGUGAACCUAAUUUCGAAGGCGAUAUAAAUUAUGUAGACGAAGCAGACAUGUUCUUUGCAAAUCCAACGCAAUGGCUUGAUCAUAAUUAUAAUAAUAACAAUAGUAUCGUACUUCCUGAUUACAUAAUACUAUUUGAUAAUAUUGUACCGAAAAUAGGUGAAUUUUUAAAACAUUACCAAAUUGUUUCACAAAUUUUUUAUGCGCAUUUUCCGCAGUCAAAUUAUGGGAAAUAUAUUUACGUAUAUAAACAUGUAUAG